AGCGAGUCUGGUUCAAAAUGUAUAGGACAUGCUGUCGAUCUUUGAGCCGAUUUCCUCUGUACGCAUUUCGAUCGUCCCGAGUUAGUGUUCGUGCCGUUAUUUCUUCCUCGGCCGUCGGCGACCGCCUCGAUUUCCCUGAGUAUUUCCCGUCGGCCAACCCGCCCGAGCUCCGGCAGAAGAUGAGCAGGUCAGCGGUGCGGCGUAAGAAGCGGGAGCUCGCGAACAAGCGGGCCGAGUUCCGGGACUUGAACAUCGAGCGCGCGGACAGGGCAGUCGUCUCGGCCCUGGCCCUCAAACCGCAAUCGGUCGC